ACACACCUCAUCUCUUAUCCUUCGAUAGAGAUGGUAAACGGCACGAACACCGAGCUAUUCCUCUCUGGAGAAGCAUCGAGCAGCCGCCCAAAGAGGCAAAGAGUUCUCUCCAUGGAGAAUGAUGGAGGAACGGCGAGUGGAAAUGAAGUGGCACGAUCAGUGACACUGUUCGAGCUUGAUCUUCUUGACUGUCCCAUUUGCUGCAACAAACUGACGGCUCCUAUCUAUCAGUGUGACAAUGGACAUAUAGCAUGUUCUUCUUGCUGUAUUAAAGUGAAGCACAAAUGCCCUUACUGCAGUUUGAGCAUUGGUAUCUACCGAUCUAGAAUAAUGGAAAAAAUUUUGGAAGCAGCCUUUGUCCAAUGCCCAAACGCCAAACAUGGCUGCACGGAGAAGAUCCCAUACAAAAAAGAAUCAGAAUCAGCCCAUGAGAGGGAAUGCAGCUUCACUCUUUGCUACUGCCCUGAAACAAACUGCAACUACACCGGGGUGUAUAAGGAUCUCUACGGUCAUUACCAUGCUAACCACAAGACUGAUUACACAUUGUUCAAGUGUGGCCAGUACAAUGACGCAUGGCUAUGGCCGGAGAAGCCUCGACUAGCCGCCGAAAGAGGCAACGAGUUCCCUCUAUUGGCGAAAAUGGUGGAGGAGAUGCGGUGGCGCGAUCUGGGACGUUGUUCGAGUUAGAUCUUCUCGAUUGUCCAAUUUGUUGUCACGCUCUCACGAUUCCUAUCUUUCAGUGUGACAAUGGACAUAUAGCUUGUUCUUCUUGCUGUACUAAACUGAGGAACAAAUGCCCUUCCUGCGCUUUGCCGAUUGGUAACUAUAGAUCUAGAAUAAUGGAGAGAGUUGUGGAAGCAGUCAUUGUUCCAUGCCCAAACGCGAAACAUGGCUGCACAGAGAAGUUUUCUUAUGGCAAAGAGUUGGUCCAUGAGAAGGAAUGCAGAUUUGCUCUGUGCUAUUGUCCUGCACCAAACUGCAACUACUCAGCUACUUUACUUUGUUAUCUAUGCACUCUAAACGAAUAAGUUUCAUUGCUCAUUGUUUUACUUAAUGCUGAUUUUCCUCUAACCAUCUGUUAUACUUGCGUUUUUCUUUGAGCAUCUUCUAUGUUUUUGAAUGUUGUGGCCAUUGUUUGUUUGAAUUAUGUUCUAUGUGGUGUUGUUGUUCUGGUUUUAGUGCUUCUGAAGGACAAGGUUUGAUUCUUCUAACUUGUUUCUAGUAACAUUCACAAUUGGUGAGAUCUUUCUCUAAUACUAUAAAAUCAAUUUGGAAAA